AGGAAGAAGGGGGCACUGAGGGCCGAAAAGGAAAACCAGAAGAAAGAGAAAACAUUACCUGCUGACCAGCAGAGCUCUGUUCUAGGUGGCAAGAGCCAUGCAGUUCUCCAGCUCAGCCUGGGCAGCAGAUGAGAACUUUGACUAUUUGUUCAAGAUUAUCCUCAUUGGGGAUUCCAAUGUGGGGAAGACGUGUGUGGUGCAGCAUUUCAAGUCUGGAGUCUACACCGAGACACAGCAGAACACAAUUGGAGUGGACUUUACCGUGCGCUCUCUUGAUAUCGAUGGCAAGAAAGUGAAGAUGCAGGUGUGGGACACAGCUGGCCAGGAGCGCUUCCGCACCAUCACCCAAAGCUAUUACCGCAGUGCCCACGCGGCCAUCAUCGCCUAUGACCUCACCCGGUGGUCCACGUUUGAGUCCAUCCCUCACUGGAUUCACGAGAUAGAGAAAUAUGGAGCUGCAAACGUGGUCAUUAUGCUGAUUGGAAAUAAAUGUGACCUCUGGGAAAAGCGGCACGUCCUGUUCGAGGAUGCCUGCACCCUGGCUGAGAAGUACGGCCUCCUGGCUGUUUUGGAGACAUCUGCCAAGGAGUCCAAGAACAUAGACGAAGUCUUUGUGCUUAUGGCCAAGGAGCUGAUUGCCCGCAACAGCCUGCACCACUAUGGGGAAAGUGCCCUGAACAGCCUCCCACUGGACUCCAGCCCAGUUCUUAUGGCCCAGGGUCCAAGUGAAAAGACCCACUGCACUUGCUAAGAUGUUUGCAAAGCCAGCCGCGCCCACCAAAGAGGCAGUCUCUGAAACCAAAGGUAGCCAGGAUACCCUCAUGUUGCCCCAGUGGCACUUCAGACCCCAGCGUGAACUUGCCGCCCACCGCAAUCCUCCUCGUCUGGAUGGGCCACACUGCUGCCUUGACUCAGACCACAGGUCGUAGCUGCUGACUCUCAGGAAAAGCAACCCCAUCGUUUUCAUCGACUCUUGAGUCCUGGAGAAACCAGGACUUCAGAACGAAGUGUAUUCUUCUCUCCUUUCAAUUUCUGUC